CUAAGGGAGGUAACUAUAACUCAUCCGGAACGUAAAACGUUUCGUGAAAGUCAUUUGAUUCCGAUAAAAUCUAUCACAUCUUUCAAGCAUGUUGCGUUUUAAAGUAAGAUUGCGACACAGAAAGAUGGGGUCUGUCGAGGGGUUGGGAAGUGGAGUAGAAGGAAGAAUUAAAAGACUACGCAAAUUGGUCACUGGCUUAAUUCGGUAUGAGAGAAUCGAAACGGCACACAGCCACGGGGACGAGGCAAGGGGAUAUGCGGAAAGACUGAUCCAGGUGGCCAUAAAGAAUGGAGACAAACACAGGGAAACAAUGGAAAUGGCUGAUUUUUGGCUCAUGGAGAAAGAUCUGAUUCACAAAUUAUUCAAAGUUCUGGUUCCACGCUACCAGAACUAUUCAACAUCUUACACCCAGAUGUGGAAUCUGCCGAUAAAAUAUCCAGGAUUCGGACAUCAAAGUGGUGUUCUCGAGCUAAAAGGUAACCCAUGGCCGCCAGUGAGACCUGAGCAAAGGGAAACCAAGUAUCUCCUGUCGAACAUACUGCUACAGGAGGCAAGGAGAGAAUACAACCAAAACAAAAUCAAGCUAGACACCGCCAGCCUCGAUUACACAAACAAGAGCAGUGGCGAUCCAUUCAGUGACAGAAUGGACAUGUCUCGCAUUACAGAGACUACUGACAGCAGUAGUCCCCACGUUGCAGAUACUCUGGAAGACAAAAGGGUUACUCAGAUGGGUGAUGAGGACAGUGGCGGAGGUGAUAGAGUUAAUUCAAUGGAAAAAGAUGUGGACAAAGUUUCAAAGCAAAUGGAUGAAUUGAACGUUAAAGACAAACCGACUUGAUGUUGGUGUUCGAUGGCCUGUUUGUGUGUUAUUGUGUUCAUACAGUAAAUUAACGGGCAGUAUUUUGGGGUCAGUCAACAAUUACCUAACAUUCUAGGUGUGGGUGGGUGUCAUGGGAGUUGUACAAAGAAAUUAGGGGAAGGGGUGGGGGUCUUGCAUGUUUUCCAGACGUUUGGUAAUGUUUUUAAGACAGUGUCCCAUUUUUUAAAAGUAUAAUGCAGUGAGAAGUAACAUGCACCCUGGCAUGGCGAUUUUCUUCCUUAAACUGACCAUUUUCUAUCUAAUAUUUAUUGCCAAACAAAAGAAACAAAAAUACAAACAGAACAUCCAGUCAUCGUGGUCAGGUUACGUCACAAUGCGGGCGGGACGUAACCCAGUGGUAAAGUGCUCACUUUAUGUGCAGUAGGUUUAUGAUCGAUCCCCGUCAAUGGACUCAUUGGGCUAUUUCUCGUUCCAUCCAGUGCCAGUAUAUCAAAGGUUGUAGUAUGCGUUAUCCCGUCUGUUAGCCAAUCCAAUAACCGAUGGUUAACCUUUUAAGUUAAAAUGACAGGGAAAUUGGUGUUGUGUGAUUUUAGGUGAGAGACUGCUGUUGUCUCAACAUUUUAAUAUGUAACAUGUAUGGGAGGUGUGUGUGUAUGAAAAUGUAGUUGUUGAAUGACCCCUUUACUGAUGGGAUGGUACACCCUGGAAAGUACACUAUACCUACAGAACUAACACGUACAUUGUGUGCUCGAAGAGUUCAUCAGUGCCAAUAGUUUAAUGUCAAUACAGAAGUUGUUUUGCAUUAAAGAUGUAUACAACAA